GUGAAAAUCUGUAGUUGAGCGUAGAAUGAGUGAGGAACAACAAUUCCCAGAAUCCUCUGCGCGGCGGAGGCGUGGCCUGCAGACUAUAAAUACAGCGACAAUAGAUGUAGGUCAACGUUAUCGAUCAGAAGCACUAAUGAGCCGGUGUGCUCGUGGACUGUAAACAUUAAAAACAACAACGUUAACGGCUGUGACUCCGCCGCCGUCGCUCACGGUUAGCUAGCCCCGUUUAACCGUCACCGUCCGGGACGUAAACAAGCUGAACCGGGACGUAAACACUGACAAUAACGAGCCAUGGCAGUUAAUAAAUAUAAAGUCGCGGUCGGGUUCAUGGUGGCAGGUGUCCUGACCGUGGUGUUCGGGACGGUUCUUACCUUUGUGGGACCGUUAAUCAUCGACGACCAGAUAGUGAAGAACACAGUGAUCGACCCGAAGAACAGUGUGUCCUACACCAUGUGGAAGGACAUCCCCGUGCCCUUCUACAUGUCCGUCUACUUCUUCAACGUCCUCAACCCCAAGGAGAUCCUGAAGGGAGAGAAGCCCAUGGUGGAGCAGCGAGGACCUUAUGUGUACAGGAAACGGUGUCAGAAAGACAACGUCACAUUUCAUCCCAACAACACGGUGUCGUACAAGGAAUACAGAAGAUACUACUUCGAACCGUCCAUGUCUGCGGGGAACGAGUCCGACAUCAUCACCAUCCCUAACAUGUUGGUGCUGGGUGCAGCGGUGAUGAUGGAAAACCUGCCUUUCGCCGUGCGUUUAAUGAUCAGCACCACCUUCAAGACGUUCAAGGAGGGGCCCUUCCUGACCAAGACCGUGGAGGAGCUGAUGUGGGGUUACGACAGUAAACUGGUCGAGUUCCUCAACAAAUACCUGCCCGGCACGCUGCCCUCGACGGGAAAGUUUGGCCUCUUUGCUGACUUCAACAACUCCAACACCGGUCUGUUCACCAUCUUCACCGGACAGGACGACAUCAGGAAGGUUCAUAAAGUCGAUUCCUGGAACGGCCUGACAGAGCUGAACUACUGGAGGACGCCUCAGUCUAACAUGAUCAAUGGAACAGCUGGACAGAUGUGGCCUCCCUUCAUGACUAAAGAGACCACUUUGCCUUUCUACAGCCCCGACGCCUGCAGAUCUAUGGAGCUUGUUUACCAGCGUCCUGGUGAGAUGAGGGGGAUCCCUCUGUAUCGAUACGUGGCACCCAAGACCCUGUUCGCCAACGGGACAGAUUACGCCCCCAACGAAGGUUUCUGCCCCUGCAGACAGUCCGGCAUCCUGAACGUCAGCAGCUGUCGCCACAACUCUCCGGUCUUCAUCUCUCAUCCUCACUUCUUUAAUGCUGAUCCUGUUCUCCUGGACACUGUGCUGGGCCUCAGUCCCAACGAGGAAGAGCAUGGCCUCUUCAUCGACAUUCACCCGCAAACAGGUGUCCCCCUGAACGUGUCCAUCCGUCUGCAGCUCAACCUCUACAUGAAGAGAGUGUCAGGAAUUACAGAAACGGGAAAGAUUUCGGAGGUGGUGAUGCCCAUGAUCUGGUUUGAGGAGAGCGGGUAUAUCGACGGCCCCAUCGUCGACACCUUCCACACCAACCUGGUGGUUCUACCUGCGGUGAUGGAGUACAUGCAGUACGGCUUCAUCGCGCUCGGCCUGGCAACGAUAGUCAUCGCGGCGCUGGUGCGUCACAGACUGAAGAGGUCUCAUUUAAACGCCACUCUGACCUCCACCGUGGUGGCGAAUCCCGGGGCUUCCGAUAAAGAGCCGGUAAAAGGCUCGCACGGCCAUGACACACAGGAGAAACACAUCAUGAGUAACUCAGAUAAAUAAAAGUGGAGGUGGCUCCGCAUCAACCGCAGGCUCUACGACCGAAGAGAGAGACCCUCUACUGCAAGAUGAAAUACACUGACACACACACACACACACACACACACACACACACACCGCGGUUGUCGUGACGACCGACAUCAUUCCAGUAUCUUGAACUGAAGCGCUGCCACAAGCCGCUCUGCUCUGAACACACUAAUGAGACUUGUGCAGCAGCGACGCCAUUUUGUUGUUGUUUUUUGUACUUGACUGUAAAGUUGAUGAAACCCUCAUCCUCAGACGCGUUCACUGUCACUGUGUUUGUGUCGAGGCUGUCGGGUUGAAACUGUCUGAAAAACACUUUUUGUACAAACCACUACCAAACAAAAAAAAGAAGAAAAAGAGAAAAACUGUAUUUCCAGUUACGUGCCACAGUUCGAUCUCGUCGUCGGGAGCAACAGUCGACAGUUACCAUGGAAAUGUUUCUGCAUUAACAACAAGGGAACGAACAGGCAGAACAGCUCCGUCUCUGUCUCAACGACUGACUGACUCUGUACAGUAUUUUACCGAUGUGCCUUCAUGAAGAGGGAAACUUCUCGCCGUCUACUUCCACCUCCAGCUCCUUGGAUUUCAAGGAUCACAAAUUAGUUUGUGUUGUAGCGGAGAAACACUCCUCUGACAAUCAGCGACUCCUGUUUGUGAAACUACUGUCCUCUGUAAAGGUGUGAAUGUUGAUGUUAAUGACGCCUCCUUAUUAUGAAUAUAGAAAAAGUGAAUGAAUUAAGAGAAAGUUUGAGGUAAUUAAAUGUGCCAUUUGAGUUUCUAAUCAUCAGCGUUGUGUGACGGUGUCUCACUGUGACAGGAGCUUCGUGAAAUAUAUGAGAAUAAGAAUGACGAGUCUGAGAAUGUGAAUUCAGUCGAGUUCUCAGAGACCUUGAGUGUCAGUGUGUCCAGAUUCCUCUUAGAGCAGUGACUUUAAUUUGACAUGACGUCUGACUGAAACUUGCUGUCUGUGACUCUGAAACACAUUAAAUGAUUGAAUUUGA